CCUCUCCCCCUCGUCUCUCCCGUCGCGUCCGCCCCUCGCCGCGGCAACUUCCACCGCCGCCGCAGCGCCGCUCCACGCCCACCCGUCGCGCCCCGCGCCCCGCGCCCCGCCCGCCUCGCUGCUGUCCGUCCUGCCUCUCUAGAUUCUUAUCCUCCAAGUGCUUCGACCGCCCCAUGCCGUCUUAAACCCUAGAUCUGCGCCCCUCAUCCUCUUCGCUGGCCGCGGCCACAUCCCGACGCCGGCGCGCCGCCGAUCGCCGCGAUUUGCCCGAUCCCAGUUUGUAGGUUUAGCUUCUCCCAGUUUAGAUAGGCACCCUUCAAUGCAUCGUGUUGGGAGUGCCAGUAACACGUCUGGCUCAACUCGACCGAGAAAGGAGAAGCGCUUCACAUAUGUGCUCAAUGAUGCUGAUGAUAAAAAGUUUGUUUUUCAGCAUUGUGCGGGGAUCAACUGCUUGGCGUAUCUAAAUGGUUCUGCUCUUGGUACAAGUGAUUACCUUUUUAGUGGGAGUCGUGAUGGUACCUUGAAAAGAUGGGAAUUAAAUAACGGGGAUGCAAGCUUCUCAGCAACUUUUGAGUCACAUGUUGAUUGGGUUAAUGAUGCCAUUAUUGUUGGCCAGAAGCUUGUUUCCUGUUCUUCAGACACCACCCUAAAGGUAUGGAAUUGCUUUUCCGAUGGUGCUUGUACCAGGACACUCCGCCAGCAUUCUGAUUACGUGAUUUGUCUUGCUGCCGCUGAAAAGAAUAACAAUAUUGUAGCCUCUGCUGGUCUUGGUGGCGAGGUCUUCAUAUGGGACCUUGAUGCUGCUCUUGCUCCUGUAGCCAAAUCUCUAGAUGCAAAAGAGGAUGAGGUUCCUAAUGGGAACUCUGGACCUGCUUUGACAACAUUGUGCAAUGUAAAUUCUAGUAGCAACAUUUCUUCCUCCAACGGACAAUCGCAUGGGUACAGUCCAAUUACUGCCAAAGGUCACAAAGAUUCAGUUUAUGCACUGGCUAUGAAUGAUACAGGAACCCUUCUUGUCUCUGGUGGCACUGAAAAGGUUGUCCGUGUUUGGGAUCCCCGGACAGGUUCGAAAAACAUGAAAUUGAGAGGUCACACUGACAAUAUAAGGGCUUUACUUCUUGAUUCUACAGGAAGGUAUUGCCUAUCAGGAUCAUCUGAUUCGAUGAUAAGACUAUGGGAUCUAGGACAGCAGCGUUGUGUUCAUUCUUAUGCUGUGCAUACUGAUUCAGUUUGGGCGCUUGCAAGCACACCUUCAUUUGCUCAUGUCUACAGUGGUGGAAGGGAUCAGUCCGUAUACCUGACAGAUUUGUCCACAAGAGAGAGUGUCUUACUAUGCACAAAUGAACACCCUAUUCUACAGUUGUCAUUGCAAGAUGACACAAUAUGGGUUGCAACAACUGAUUCUUCUGUUUAUGGAUGGCCAGCUGAAGGGCGCACACCCCAAAAGGUUUUCCAAAAGGGUGGCUCAUUCUUAGCUGGGAAUUUGUCAUUCUCAAGAGCAAGAGCUUCUUUAGAAGGAUCAGCACCUGUCCCUGUAUACAAAGAACCAUCUUUCGUUAUUCCAGGAGUCCCAGCGAUAAUUCAGCAUGAGAUCAUGAAUAAUAGAAGGCAUGUACUGACUAAGGAUACUGCUGGUUCAGUCAAAUUAUGGGAGAUUACACGAGGAGCUGUUAUUGAAGACUUUGGCAAGGUUUCAUUCGAGGAUAAGAAAAAGGAGUUGUUUGAGAUGGUAAGCAUACCUGCCUGGUUUACUAUGGAUGCUCGAUUGGGAUGCCUGUCUGUCCAUCUGGAUACUCCACAAUGCUUUUCUGCGGAAAUAUAUGCGGUUGACUUAAAUGUUGCUGGAGCACAGGAAGAUCUUAAGAUUAAUUUGGCUCAGGAGACCCUUCGUGGUUUGCUAGUUCAUUGGAGUAAAAGAAAGCAGAAGUCUAGUUCACACAGCUUGUCAAAUGGUGACAGUUCAACAGGGAAAGAUGUACCGUUGAAAGACCUACCCCAUCCAAGAUCUGAGGUGGAUGAUGGAACUGAAAACCAUGCAACUCAUGUGCUUCCCUCAUUUGAGUUUUCUACAGUUUCACCUCCGUCAAUCAUCACGGAAGGUUCUAGCGGAGGGCCUUGGAGAAAGAGAAUUACUGAUUUGGAUGGAACCGAGGGUGAUCUCCCAUGGUGGUGUGUGGACUGUGUCACUCACAAUCGAUAUCCAAAAGAGAAUACUAAAUGUGGCUUUUAUUUGCAUCCUGCUGAAGGCUCACCUGCACCGAACAUAACUCAAGGGAAACUCAGUGCUCCACGGAUAUUGCGGAUUCAUAAAGUAGGUAACUACGUGGUUGAGAAACUCGUUCUCGAUAAACCAUUGGAUGGAGGCUCUGACAGCACAUUUGCUAUGGGAUUGACUUCUGGUCAAUCACAACUCUCGGUGCUAGAUAGUUCGUCACGGCUUGGAUUAAAACCUUGGCAAAAACUGAAGCCAUGUGUAGAGAUAUUGUGCAAUAACCAGGUUCUAUCGCCUGAGAUGAGUUUGGCCACAGUGAGAACAUAUAUCUGGAAGAAGCCGGAAGACUUGAUUCUUCAUUAUAGAGUGGUCCAAUCAAGAUGAUUGCAGCUUCAAAUGUACAUGCUCACUUGGUUCAUCAGAUGUGUCCAGCAUGUCCGCACCACGUAGAUGGUGUUGUUGAAGAUAUGCAUGGCUUAGAGAGGAAACCGUCGUCUUACAGAAGGAAAUGCUCUUGUGCCGCCUUUGCCAUUCCCGGAAGUUUGCUUCUUUGUAAAGUAACUGAUUUUGCUCUGCUAGUGAGAUGUAUCAUAUCACAGGUAUAAAGUUCUCUGCUGGCUACCAAGCUUGUAAAUGUAGAGAUUGGGUGCUUAAUAAAGAUUAAGUGGAUAUGUUUUUUCUGUUAAAGAUUAAGUGGAUAUGUUUUUUCUGUUUCUUUUACAUACAAGGUUUGUAAGAAAAGCAUCAGAUGCUCUGCUCAGACCGUUUCGUCAUUUCGCCAUCGAUUAUUGUAUUUCACCCCGUUGCAUCGUCUUGGACCUGUUUGGUCCAUACCAUGGAAAGAGAACGGGAACAAUAAAUUGUUUUUGAGA